AUGGCACGCCAUCGACGCUCGCCCGAUGCGGACGAUUCCGAGUCCUCUUUUUCGCCAGAGAUCGAGAGCUGCUUCGACGUGGACGAAGUGGAUCUGUCUGGCGAUGAAACUGAUGUAACGGAUCUCGACGUCGAGGACAAUGAUAAUUUGGACGUUGAAGAUCAAAUCCAACUUUUUGGUGGAAACAUACAUCCGCCUGAAUAUUACCGGCUUGGUAUAGAACAAUUUAAUGAAAGCUCAUUCGGUGGCGAAGACUACAGCCACGGGAGUACAGUCCUGUUGGACGCGAUAGAGGUGCAGUGGCAACAAUUUUGCAAUGAAGUUCUAUCGCAUGACCCGCACGUGUGCCUCGAGUCUAUUUCCAUAGGCAUACUCUAUAAAUUCUUUGAAUGGCGAUUGAAUCAAAAGGCGAGCAAGGACGGUAGAAGAUUGAGAGGCACUACUAAGAGCAGCUCGCUGGGCACAGCCUGGAAAGUCUUCCGACUCGUAUAUGAGAGGGCCAUCGGCACGAAGCUCGAUCCAAAACUGAACCGCAAUAUGCAUAAGGUCCUCCGAGAGCUUGCAAGAACUCAUGGGCUAAGCGACCAGAAGAGAGCGAAUCGCUGCAUGACUAUCAACGAUCUAAAGGAGCAAAUUGAGACGACGCUGAGCACCACAAAGAAAUCAUUUGACCUUGGGGAACUCCGAAUUUUGGCCGUGCUCUUCCUCCUUUUGCUUGCGCCCGCAGGCUCUCGCCCGACGUCCAUCCUGCAGCUUCGCUUCGGAGAUAUCCGAGUCGCCCUAGCGAGAGACCCGGAAGGUGGACCGCACAAGAUCUUAAUUCGAUUCACAUUGGAGUUCACGAAGUCAUAUCUUGGUACUAAGGAUGCCAAAACAUUUACGAUCCCAGAGAUGAUGUUUGACCCGUCCCUGCUCCUUAGUCCACAUGCCUUUCUGCUAGGUAUUCUAUUCCGGCACGGGGCAUUUCGCGCAUCCCAUCUUACCUCUCCUAGGCAACUAGAUGGGCUGGACAUACAUCCCGGCGAGCGGGAGCUGCCUCUACCUCUAAGAAGUGAUCUCAAAGAGGUGUGCAUAUUUCGUCGCGCGGUCAAGACCUUGACUGGGUAUGAAAUGUCAGCGACAAAGACCAUCACCCAUGGCAUGAUCGCGAGCUGGAUCAAAAGAGUGGGCGAGAUAAUGGGACUUCAAUACGAAACAAUACCAUACAGCCUCCGCUAUAAUGCUGCCAAUGAAUUUGACCAAAGCCCCGACAUGAGUGAAGCGCUUCGAAACUUAUCCCUUGACCACGCCAACUCUACCCCUUUCCAGAAACACUACCUCGGCCGUAUUGUCCGUGCCGACCCAUGGGCCGUUAUCCGUCGGCAAAAGCCACAGCACGCACUUAUUGAUCAGGCUUGCAGCAUUGGCCACUCAAUGAGCAAACGGCGACCAACAGGUCUCACUGCUGAACAAACGGCGUCUGUCGCAUCAGAUCCUCGUGUUCGACGGCUUACAACCCAGAUGCGGAAAUUACGCCCGGGUUCUGAACAGCACAAAAAGACACACCGCGAGUUGCGAUCGUUAAAGCAGAAGCUAAAACGAGAACUCAAACAGAAAAUUCGAGACGACUGGACGGACGAACAGGCUGUGGACGAUAUUGAACGUCAACUACAAGGAAUUGGAUUUGCAAAACCAUUGGUGGAUCAUGCAGUCCGUCCUCGGCGGCCGGCUCAAAAGUUGCUAGUUGACGCACUUACAGCUCCGGUCGAUGAUACUCUUGAUGGUCAAUAUCGACGAAGGGAUGACGCGAUUGAAGCCAUAGUUGCAUAUUGCAACGUAGAGGAAGGGCCAACUGUACGCCGGACUAAUAUUCCGUCUACAACGGUCUCGCGUGAGAGCCUUCAUGAGCCGUCGGAAGAUAAUCCGUUAUUCCUCGCGACUAUGUCCGUUUUUAUUGACAAGCCGGAGCAGAGACCCAGGAGGUGCUUUCUAUGCAUUGGCGCUGCACUGCGGCUGCCACUCGACGAUCCUCGUGUGGAAGAUAAGAUCCAGGAAUUUUAUACUCCAGGAGAUUUGAGCAAGCACUUCCGCCGAAGACACCUAUCGCAAUUGCGAGACAACGACCAGUCGGUGUGCCAGGCGGCAAUGCUGGCUUACAUGAAGCAAAUAUGUGGCUAUAAUCCUCAAGACGAUAUUCCACAUCGUGGCGACAGCGACUCGGGAUUCGGUUCCCUGCUCCUUUCAGCGUUCCCUACAGUUAGUACACUACCCUAUAAACUUCGAAGUGUCCUUGACGCUUCGAAAUUCGACUUCGGGCAAGUCCUGCUUGCAGACACGGCAGUUGCGGAGAAUGCCGGUUUUUCUUUCCUCGGGAGCUUCAAGAACGUGCUCUGGUCACGAAGAUGCUCGCCGGUGGUGGCCCUUGGGUGGUUAGCAAACACAGACUUGCAGCCGGCGGUUACAUAUAAGGGACUGAUCCUCUAUGUUGCCAAGUAUGUGUCGAAGCCAGAAAUCAGAUCUGCCUCAUAUCAAGAGCUGCAGGAGCAGAUUCUGCCAUAUGUUAGUGAUCGUCGUCCAAUUGCUUCCUUUGCGGCGAGGCUGCUCAAUAAGCUUAUUGGGGAACGUGAUUUGUCUGCGCAAGAGAUUUCUCAUAUCUUACUCAAGAUUCCUCAGCAGAAGUCGACAAGGCAAUGCAUAAUUUUGGAUUGUCGUCCUGACCACGCUCAAGAUCGCCAUAUCCAGUUUGAUGUUGGUGAGGCAGGGGAAGAUAUGGCGGUGAAAGAAGGGCUUUCGGCAUACAAGCGCUAUAGAAUGCGGGUUGAGCAUGCCAGUGGUGGGGAGCACUUGAGAGAUGUAACUCUGAUCGAUUGGCUGCAGCACUACGAUGCCAGCAGGUUUCGACCCCUGUCUAAAGGCAAACCGCGGACUGUGACGUUCUUUCCUCGCUACAAGUCAAACCCGACCGACGAUGAGUAUGAGGACUACUGUCGAGUGAAGAUGAUGUUGUCGCAUCCAUUCGAAAAGGUGGAAGACCUUCUGGAAGUGGAUGGAUUCCAAGCCGAGACCUUUCAAGAAGCAUAUGAACUCUGUUGCGAUAACCACAACUAUGGGGAUGACCUUUACGAUAACUUGGAUGUCGACGAUGAUGAUGCAGAGUCCGAUGACAAUGAGGAAUUCGAAGACGUCAACCCAUCCCAGCCCACCCCUCCUGCGCCGCUUGCAGAUUUCGAAACCUACGGGCUUGCACACCCGGGAAACGACUUGACGCGAGUUGAGGAUGGCCAUAACUUGGGAGAACGGGACUCUGAUCGACAAUAUGACUGGAGCCAUCACGUAGGCAAGUAUAAAAUUAACCCGUUGUUUUGGGAUGUUACCAAGCGUGCAUUUCCUGCGCAGCAGCUUCUCCCCUCUUUGAACUCUGUUGACUUACUUAACCGCGAGCAACGUACGGUUUACAGCCUGAUUGUCGAUCAUUACAGCGAUUUUCUUGCCGGAAAGAACCCUCCUCAGUUGAGGGUCAACCUCGAUGGUGUCGCGGGAACAGGCAAGACAUACGUGCUUUUACAGGCAAGCAAGAAGUUGGAAGAUAUGGCUACUAUGGCAGGGGUGAGAGACCCUGUUUUGCGGGCUGCUCCGACGGGGAUCGCUGCCCACAACUUCCACGGCCGCACAUUACAUAGCCUAUUCAAGAUUCCUGUCAAAACCCCCCCUCGGGGGCUCUCUCAGAAACUCUCAAGAUCGAACUUGUGUUCUUUGCAGAUUCUCUUCUAA